AUGGGUAUGAAAGGCAAGUUGAUUGCUUCAACAGAAGUGAAGUGUGGAGGACACUCAAUUUAUGAUAUUUUUCAUAGCAAUACUCAUCAUGUGCCCAAUAUAAGUCCUACUAAUGUUAAUCAUUUUGAGAUUCAUGAAGAUGAAAUCCUCAAAGUUGGUUCAGUUGUUAGUUGGAAAUAUAAUGAGGAUGGAAAAGAAAAGAGUAUGAAAGAAGUAAUUGAAGUUCUUGAUCCUCAGAAGAAAUUAGUCCGUUGGAAUCUGAAUGAAGGUGAUCUAUUAGAGUUAUAUAAUUCCUUUACUAUUAUCACAUCUUGUGAACACAAAUGGACUACCUGGACAUUUGAGUAUGAAAAGAAAACGGAAGACACUCCUGAGCCGCUCAUUUUCUUGGGUGUUAUCCUUGAUGUAACUAAGGACAUGGAGGGUCACCUCCUCAAGAAAUAGAAAAUCUACGUAUAUGUGUGUAUGUCUAUACUCAUA